UCCGUGACGUUGGCUCUUUGCCUCUUAAUCGCACGUCACACCAAGACACCGCUGUUGAAUAGUUCAGCAGUUUACCCAGCCGUCCACCUUGCAAUGUAUACGUUGUCAACCUGCCCAUUCUCAGCAAACACACCGGAAUUGCAAUGAAGGCAGGGGCUUCGUCCGUGUGGGCUUCAUGCUGUGGUCUGCUGAAUGAAGUUAUGGGUACUGGAGCCGUCAGAGGUCAUCAGUCAGGCUUUGGAGCGGGUGCUGGACGAUUCAGGUUCGCCCCCAGUGCGGGGUACUCCACAUACCCUCCCACUAGUUCAGCAAGUCCGAGCCUUGUGUGCAAGUCCUGUGGUCUGGCGUUCUCAGUCUUCAGGAGGAAGCACAUUUGCAGCGACUGCAAGAAGAGCUUCUGCUCUCUGUGUUCCGUUCCUCUGGAGAAUGUACGCAUAUGUCUCGUAUGCCAUUUGCUGAAGGCAACAGCCUUCCGUCGGCCAGGGCUCAUGCGGCUAAGGGUCAGGGAGCUGCGACAGUACUUGUUGCUCCACAAUGUCCCCACCGACACUUGCAGGGAAAAAGUAGACCUGGUGGAUCUGGUGCUCUGUCAUCAAGGCAGUGAGGAGGAGGAAGAAGAAGAGGAGCCUGACACAAGUAGUCUCCACUCACGUUCCAUGUAUACUCCACCACCUUCGAGCACGCAGUCUGCCUCAGAGCUGUCCCAACUCGCUGCCUCUCAAGAGGAACCUCUUAGCAGGAGUGAUAGUUCUGACAGCAACCAGGACAUUGGUGAUGCCACAUCAGUGUCACUUCUCAACUUGGACCCCAGUGAACACUCACCUGAGACAAGCCCUCCGAAACGGCGUCUGCUGCGGGCGUCACUCUCGGACAUCUCCAGCGUGAGUGACAUCGAGGACCUCUCUGUCAGGCAGUUGAAGGGGAUCCUGGCCAGGAACUUUGUCAACUAUUCAGGGUGCUGUGAGAAAUGGGAAUUGGUGGAGCGGGUCAGCAGACUCUACAGAGAGACGGAGGAGAACAGGAAAUCAUUGGAAAAUGUGAGCUGUGCUACAACCAAAGUGGUGCCCUUUCCCCCUCCUCUCUGCAAUGGGGCCAUUGGAGAUGGGGAGAAGAACCCGCUGAUGUUCCUCGACGAGAACCUGUGCAGGAUAUGCAUGGACGCCGCUAUCGACUGCGUUCUGCUCGAGUGCGGCCACAUGGUGACUUGCACCAAGUGCGGCAAGAGGAUGAACGAGUGCCCCAUCUGCAGGCAGUACGUCGUGAGGGCUGUCCACGUCUUCAAGUCCUAAUGCAACAUCAACACUUCAGCUUAGACUCAGACGGUACCUUAAAUAAACCAUGCAGAUCACAUCCUCUCAAUCACCAAUUGUGCAUGUUUCAAGUUUGUAUUGGCCCAUUUUCACAUGAUUUGGAAAUAAGGUUUUGCUUUUCCAGCAAGAAUCAUUCCUGAUGUCAACAUAUCUCCCGUAUCUCUGUGCUACUACAUAAAGAUUGUUAACAAUGGGUGCACGCCACUCUCACUCAGUUUUGCCUAUCUAGUGUAGCCAGUCUUGUGUAGACAGAGCACCUCCUUACACAACUGCUGCAAGUGACUUUGUAACUUAGUAAUACCAAGGAUGCCCAUCUUGACAGGACGGUACGCAAAUGGUGCCAAAUCACAAGUGAGACUCACCCAUUAAAUUCUUUCACACUUAGUGAGGGAAUUUAUGGCUAUUUAGCCGCUAAUGUGCCCACUCAUCAGUUUAUGAGCAGCGGAGGGGACUGAGAUGGGAUGUUUGGCAAUUCUUUAAAUCUUUGUCGUGUAGCUCCCUCACCAGAUGUCAGUUGAAUAAGAUGAUGAGAAAUCAGUCAAUGUUGGUGACUGACAAUGAGGAUUUGUUUUUCAAUUGGUCCAGCCAGUGGUCUAGUACACACUUUAAUUAAAAUGCGUAAGUUUGAGAUUCUAACAAUGUCUGUCAUAACAGCAAUAGUUGGUCUUCACCGUCUCAACACUUGAGACAAAUCGGUGCUAGUCAUCUUACCAUUUUCACUAUUUUUUAGUCAAACUGUGGAUGUAACUGAAUGUUCACUUUGGUGUUUACUGUCUUAAGUGAAAUAAAGUCUUAUUUUUUUAUUUUCUUAAGUAGAAUUAAUCAACUAUUCAGUGAUGAGCUAUGUACGUGUCAAUGAAUAUAAGUGUAUAAAAAUGACUUGCUAGUGUACAUUUGCAUAAAUGCGUGUGAGAUGCAUAUUGGUUUAACUUGUGUAAAGUAAGUACAAUAUUUUAAAUGUCCCUUGGAUUGGAACUUGUUCAUCAAGCAAGGUCAAUCUGGUUUGUCCCUCAGUGUUAUCAUUCCUACUUCUUUUCCUCAAUUGUUUAACCAUCAUUUUCUCCCUAUGCUGCUCAGUUGCAUCAUUUCCAUUUCUGAACCUUACCUGCACAAAAGUCAAGAUUGCUGCUGUUAGUGUGAAGACUAGGCUUUCCUUUCAUGAACUGCAUCAGAGCCAGACUUUUUUUUUUUUUUCGUUAGAGGGGCAAGUAUUGCCUGAAAAGUUUUGUUUUUGGGACUAUUGAAUGUUUUAUUUUAAUAAAGUUUUAUU